AUGGCGGCUGCCCAUGCUCAACCCACGGGUAUCCACGAUGCCAACGACCAGGCUCUCUGGCCUCAGGCUCCCGUGCAGCUUGCGCGUGGGCGCCAGCCCAGAGACGCGCUCGCGAAGACGGUGCCAUAUGGUCCCAUCCGCUCUCUCGACCAAUUCGAGACGUCAUUGCGCGAAUACCUGAGAAGUCCUCCCGAAGAGCCUGAGCAUACCGAAGCCCAGUUCGCUUUCGAUAUAGACACGUCCUUUGCAGUCCCGUCGCCAAAUAAGCCGAACCCAUCGCAGCAGCCUCAUGGGGCAACUCAACCGCCUCAGCAGCAGCAACCACAACCCCACGUCAUACAUCAAUACAGCCAUGCACCACCUGGCUAUCAGCCUGCACACUGCGGUGGUCCUACGCAGUAUCAAUCUCUCUCGGACCCCAAUAUCGUUAUAGCCCACAACUUCGCCGAGUCCAUCGAACCGAACAAUGGCGCGCCCAAGAUGGCGGAGCAGAAAGUUAAUCUGAGCACUAGGGAGGCUUUGCAGCCGACAGCAGACCCCAAGGAGAAGAUGCGGAAACAGAGGGCAGUUGCCAAGUGCUGUGUCGACACAAUACAGAGGAUCGACGGAUACCGGUACAGCUUCCACAAUUGCUGGAAUAGCAGAGAGGACGACAGCUUCCGCUUUUCGUACUACUGCAACGACUCGCUACUCAACAAGGACCGCGCUGCGAAUGGCAAGGGCGCGAAGCUGGGAAAGCGUGCCACCAAGCCUGUGUACGACUGCAAGGGCGUCCUGUCCAUCAAGUUCUCGGCCACCAAACAGACACUGGACGUCUUCUACAAGCAUGUGCCUAUUCACAAGACAUACGAAGAACGCGCCCCGCCACCACGCAAAGAUUCCAAGCGGCGCAAAUAUCUUGAGGAGAACGACCCAGAGGCGUUGGCCAGACUCGCAAGUCGCUCGAGACAGCUGAGCAGCGAGGAUCCAGACACCCCAAGGAUAAAGAAGAAGCGAUCCGACCCUCCACCAGAGCCUCCAAGACCGUCCAAUACGAUUGAGAGCGACCUAAGACAACAGAGUCUUCGUAUGUUGCUAGAACUAAUACAAGUAGAGCCACCUACACAUUCGCAGCAUACACUCAUCGAACCUCCGCCUCCACCCCCACCGCCUUGUCCUCCUCCACAAAGACCUCACCCCAGGCCACGCCCUACACUACAUGUUGAAACACAAUCCGCAUCGACACCACAGCGAAAGCGACCGAGAAACAGUUGUGACAUCUGCAAGGCUAAGAAGACCAAGUGUGAUGGCAUGAAACCUACCUGUUCGACAUGUAAUGACAAGAGACGGCUGUGUUUAUACUCUGAACCAGCGAGCAGCGAAGACCAGCGACCGCCUGCAGAAGCCCCCGAACCGGCACGUCAAUCCGCAAACAUUGGCGUUUCCGAGCUUGCAAAAAUCAUGAAGGAGCUUGAGGAAGCCAAGGCAAAGAUACGAGAGUUUGAGACUGGGGAGCGAGCUUCGACCACCCCAGUACAGACGUCGCAGGGAGUACCCCGACCUCGCUCUCAGCAAUCCCAAGUCCAGCAGAAGCCGCCGCCCCCACCACCACAACCACAACAAGCACAUGUCCAACAACAGCCUCAACAGAUACAGGUCCCACCACAGCCUCGUCAUCGGUCACAGGUCUCGCAAUCACAGGCAUUACCCCAUGUGUCUCAGCAGCAGCAACAACCGCAGCGUCAGCAGUCAAUACCAAACCACCGUCAGCAACUACAACAACUUAACCAGGGUCUACCGCACGGCCUGAGAAGUCCACAACAGCAGUUAGCCUACAAGAUGGGUAGUCAAUCACCUCAGCAGCGUCUACAAAAUCCGCCGCAACAACAACCACAGCAACAGCCGCAGCAGAUUGGACCUUCACAACAACCACUGACUCCGCAGCAACAGUUCCAAGCGGUAGCAGCGCAACAAAUGCAACCCACGCAGCUUCAGACACAUCAGAACUACUUCACAGCGAACCACUCCAACCACUCUACGUAUGGCACCCUCAAUCGACCCAUGCCGCAGAAUACGCUGCCAGUGAAUGCCAUGGCCACUCAGCCAAUAGUGACGCAAAACAGUAUGUCGGCACAGACGAACGCGCACCUACCGCAUACGCAGCCUCAACAGCCACCGGCGCCUACCAUCGACGCGAACAACUCGUAUGGACGUCCCGGGGAGUUCGCCUGGGCGCCUACUGGAUAUUAUGGAUACCAAAGCGCAGGGCAACAACAGCAACAACAGCAACAGCAGCAGCAGCAGGACCAGUGGGCUACAGCAAGGGGGUCAGGUGUGUUUAGAUGA